UGUACAAGAUUAGUUGUUUGUUUAUAAUGAAGCUACGAAUGUGAUUCCGGUGAAGCCUGUAGCAGUUAUUGGCUGAAAUGAAAUUCGAUUAUAUGUAAAGCAUGAAAUGAGCCUCAUAGAAACAUUCUGAUUAGAAGAUUUCAGCUCUUAUUUGAUGACACACCAGAAACGUAGUAACAAAUAUGCAGUACAGAUGUGUUGGUGUUAAUGUGUACAAUAAACUGAAUUUGUAAAACAAGAGUAAUCUGUGUUGGCACUGAGAAUAAUGGGUGUACAAGUGACAUUUUUAUUUUUGGUGGUCUCAGUUGUGAGAACACAGGCAAAAGUUGGUAAUGGAGAAGCUGCCUCAGCCUGGACAUCCAAACUUGAUACAGAGAUACCAGCUUAUUGUAAUGUGCCACCAAAACAAGACUGGAACAUUGUAUCAUAUUCUGACAAGCAUGGGGACAUGGUGCCAUCUUUGGACCCAAGUGCAAUCUCACUUGACAAACUCUUUCACGUCUCAUCGUACCAGAUUCCAGAAGUAAUAGAAAACUUCUCAAUAUUUAAGACAAUAUCUGGUUGCACAUGUGCUGUGAAAGAUGAAACAGCAUUAUGUAAUGAGUUGCACCUGAAUCAGAUACCCUCAUGUGUUGGGAAUAAAUCUGCAGCAGUUAUUCUCAUAUCACGAAAGGUUUCUGGAAUUACUGCAGAAACAUUUAAAUACACUCCAAAUCUGGAAUAUCUAAACUUAACUAAAGUGGGUUUGCGACAGCAACUGUCAGCUGACAUAUUUUCGCAGUUUAAUAAACUGAAACAUUUGGCAAUACAAGACCAUGGGAGCAUGCCAGAGUUGCCAGAAGAUGUGUUUAAAGGACUUGGUGGAUUGGAAAGCUUGUACUUGUAUAACAAUGGAAUCCAGCUUCUCCCUCCUAAUAUUUUUGCACCACUGACCAAGCUGCGACUAUUGAACUUAGCUGAUAAUAAGUUCCGAAGGCUGCCAACAGGAAUAUUUGACAAGAAUUUGGAACUACGUGAGCUUAUACUGAAUGGAAACCAUUUGAAGAAUCGUUACAAUCCACACUUGCUAAGCCACAAUGCAGAACUUCGAGUGUUGCUGAUGAAAGACACACACUCUUCUGAGCUAAAUGUAAAUUUGCUGGAAAGUACAACAAAACUACGAUGGCUUGAUUUGUCUGAUAAUUACUUAAAGCAGUUACCUGCAGCUGCACUUCAAAACUGUCAGAAGCUCAACCGUCUUGGUAUUACAGGCAACAGACUGGAAAAUCUUGACGUGGAGCUGCUUUUACAGCAUAACAUAGGUCUUCAGAGGUUGGAUCUACGCGGUAACGAGUGGAAUUGUAACUGCAGUAUUAUUCCUUUAAGUGGCUGGACUUUGGUCCGUGAAGAGGCAGUGGCAGGAAGGCCAGUUUGUCAGCAACCACCUGAAGUUGUGGGAACACCUUUACACGAGUGGUUUUGUACCUAUGGUAAUGUAUGCACCACUUCCGAUUUGCAGAAAGACUUGAGUGAGUUUGUUGAACUAACAGAAGCAAUAGCAGACAACCACACAUUUUUGGAACCAAGAAAUAUUUCACAUAUUAUUAGCAACUGUUUCUUCUUUGGAAUGUCUUCUGAACUAGGGUCUAGCAUUGACCUAGUUGUUGGGCGUUUUAUACAUUUGUUGGGUAAUAUACACCAAAGAAAGCAUGGCACUGCCACUAACAAGAGGGGACCUGCUCCUCAAAUAGAUACUGCUGCACUUGCAAGACAAGAACCAACAUUAAGAUUUUCUUAUAUCUUUCAGAAUAUUCCUGAAAACUUAAUAGAGGCUGUAAAUGCUGGCUUAGAGGCUGAAAUUAUUUCAAUGUUGCAUUCAAGUAAUUCUCAAGAGACUGCCCCCAGUAUUGCCACUUCCAGUGUCAGGAUAGUUAUAGGCCUUCGGGAAGAAUUUCGUAGAAUUUUCUCUGUAUAUCAGAACUGUUCUUCUCCUUUUGUGAGCAGAACUGAAAUGGAAGCAGCUUUUCCUCAGUCUUCAUCAGCUAUUGGAUUUGUAGAUGUGAGUCUCUACAUUUACUUAGCUGUAUUAGUAAUGUGGGCUCAAUAAAUGGAGCCACACAUCAUUGCUUUGCAUCCCCAGUCUGUGAAAAUAAUAAUAAUAAUAAUAAUAAUAAUAAUGAUAAUAGAAAACUAAAAGGCUUAUUUUUCAAAUAAUAUCUUUGUUGUGAUAUUACCUUUAGAAGUGGUUUUGCUUUAUCUGCAAGACGAAGCAUUGAUCUUAGAGGUUUAAAAAGUCUUUCACAAAAUUUUAAAAUACCUAUUAUAGGGGUAAUGUAUCUUUUUUACAUUAUUUUAUUUUUGCCACUUCAUACAUUUCUGUUGAUACCUUUGUUUAAAAAUCGAUAAUAAUCAGAUGAAGGGAACUGGCUCCAAACAAGGGCUGUGUGAGAUAAUGUUGUCUUGCUGCCAGUGGAAGAAGUUUGUUUGGGCCUUAACAGUUUAUUAUUUUUUUCAUUUCAUUCUUUUGCUCUUUGUUAAUUUAACUUCCAAGGAAACUAUAUUUGUGUCUAAUGACUUGUUUCUUUUCAUAUUGUUGCAUUCAAGUGAUCAGCCACUCAUGCUUUUAGUUCUACAAACAAAAUCAUCUUGUCAUAAAUAAAACUUGUAAUUUCCAGUUUAACCUCCUCAUCUUUCUUCUGGUGUGAAAUGUUGUUUCUGUCAAAAUGGAACCUUAUCUGCUCCCACAAUUUGUUACAAAUAAUCAAAUAAUAAGACUUUCAUUGAUUUUAUGUAAGAUGGCAUCAUAUUUGAAAUUUGUCCAGUGAUAUUUAUAAUUUUGUGUGUACAUUCUGUGCACUAACUUCUUGAAAAAGUGUUUUUCAGUAUUUUUCAUGUCCAUAUCUCCAGGAGUACAUAUGUUUAUCAGCACAACUGUACUACUCUCUUGAGAAUUUUUUGAGGUUCCUUGUGUUUGUCUUAAUCCUACAUUUUUGUUCGUUCAUGAGGAACAUUUUAGUUGCAUUGAUGUUUAAUUUUAUUUUCAAUUUCCUACCAACUUCUAUGAAAGUCUUAAAUGCUCCUUGUUUCUUAUUAUUAAGUAACAUCUUCAGCAUGUCAAAUAAAUGAAAUCAUUACCAAUAAUUUUAUAGCUUCUGUGAACAAAUUAUUAUAUCAAAAGGCAACCAUUCAUCUGCAAGUAAUUAGCGUGUGGCACAUCAAUAUGUGAUACGUGUAAUGUGUAACAGAUCAAGAAAAUCACAAUAUCAUUUGAGCUACAAUAUUAUUAUUUUAUGGCAUAAGUAUGCUUUUUCUCUGCAUCACAUCCAAAACACACACACACACCAAACCACAAGAAUGCAGACUUCUGUUGCCCUUGUAAAACUCUGUUUCCUCAGUUCAAUAACUAUAAUCAUAAUUAAAUGAAGAUAAUCAAGUUUCAACAUAUUUGUUAGAAUCAAUUAACAUAGAAAAUUAUAAUAUUUUAAGUAGGAAAACAGAGUUGGAUACAGGGCAACCUAAGUUGAUUGUGGCAGUAAGCAGCAGUCAAUAAAUAUACUCAUCUUGAUUUCUCAUAGAAAUUGUUCACUCAGCUUGUUGUCCUGUGAAAUUCAGAUUAUGAUUCUUUCAGAGCUCCUGGUCUUGACACAUUUAUGAAAAGAACAUAAUUCUGUUAAUGUUGGACGAUCAUAUUAUAUUCUUGAAUUCAACUUGGGUAAUAAUAUGACUCUCCUCACUUAUGUAAUAAAUGACACUGGUUAAAAUGAUGACUUUCCAAUCAGACUCUGCUUUUAAGGUUCACUGAUUGUAUAUUUCCUGCUCUCUCUUAUUUAAAACGGAUAUGGCCUAGCCGCAGUGGUAACAUUGAUUCCCAUCAGAUCACCAAAGUUAAGCACUGUCGGGCUGGACUAGUACUUGGAUGGGUGACCAUCCGGUCUGCCGAGCA